AGCCAACCCCCUUUUUCCGCCAGAAUAGUCUGCCGUUCGGUUCAGUCAGUCACUUCUAGGGUUCCCGUUCGGUUCGGAUUGACACCGGUCGUCGGCGUCAAAGUAGUGUUGAAAGCAAAAGUGAAUGCUAUCCCCUGUCCCAAGGGGUGGAAACAGCAGUUUGUAAAGUGACACGCUUACUCAGACGCAGCAUAAACAUUGUAAUGUACUUAAGAAAACGACGCGCUCCUAAUUAACUAAUUAAAACUAUUGCGUCGGCUGCUGGAUAAUCGUAAUCCAUCUAAUUAACCAACUUGAACCGAGACUGGCGAAGAUCUAUCUGGCUGUAAAAGUUCAAUCUUACGCUCGAAAACCACAUUUCCAUUUUGGCAAAAAGGGAAAAGAAAAUCCAAGGAGGAAAAAUCAAUACCCGUAUCCGUACGAUAGCGUGAGAGAGAGAGAGAGUACACUUGUCAAGCACCAUGAGCCAUCAGCCAGAGAAGGACUCGGUCAAGCUGGAUCCGAAAACCGUCGGGAAGAAGAUUGUUAGCGCCAUUCCAAAAAAGCGCCAGGAAGCGCUCAAAUGGAAUGGCUGGGGCUACAAAGAUUCCCGCUUCGAAUACGGGAAUGGCAUCCUAUUGUUCACCGGUGAUCGGUACCCAAUCGGAGGAUCCGUCUCGCUGCCUCACUUCAAAGAGUAUGUGCUGAGAAUUCUCAAUGUGGAUCUCAGCAGAAAGAACCCCGGCAUUCCACUACCUCAAAGCUACCCGGAACCGGUACCCUGUGCCGAAUUCCUAGCUAAAAUGCAACGCCUUGGGAUCGAGUACAACCAGGAUGGAGAGGAUCGUCUGAUUCGAAGUCACGGUCAGGCUCUCCAUGAUAUCCACGCACUGCGGACGGGUCAGAUUAAACGGAUCCCGGAUGUAAUUGUGUUUCCGCUCUGUCACGACCAGGUGGUUCAAGUGGUACAAGCAGCCACCGAAAAUGAUGUUGUAGUGAUACCGUACGGGGGAGGCACUUCCGUUUCGGGAUCGGCUUCCUGUCCGGAGGGUGAACGACGAUCGAUUGCAUUGUUGGACACUAGCCAGAUGAACCGAAUGCUGUGGAUCGAUAAGGAAAACCUAGUUGUCUGCUUCGAAUCCGGUAUCCUCGGACAAGAUCUGGAAAAGGAAAUGCGCCAGCUUGGGUACACUAUAGGUCACGAGCCGGACAGCUUUGAAUUCUCCAGCUUGGGAGGUUGGGUGGCAACGAGGGCAUCCGGGAUGAAGAAAAACCUCUACGGCAAUAUCGAGGACAUAGUGGUGAAAGUGAAAAUGGUAACGGUUAAGGGAGUGCUGGAGAAAAGUGUCUCCGUCCCGCGGUUAUCCUGCGGUCCGGAUUUCAAUCACAUAAUCCUAGGUUCAGAGGGAACUCUGGGAGUUGUGACGGAGGUGGUGCUAAAAAUUCGUCCUCUACCUGAAAAGAAACAGUACGGAUCGCUAGUGUUCCCAGAUUUUGGAUCCGGUGUUCGCUGUUUGCGGGAGGUGGCCAAACAACGACUGCAACCUGCCAGUAUUCGAUUGAUCGAUAACGAACAAUUUGCGUUCGGUCAGGCCCUGAAACCCGCUGGCGGGUUUCUAUCCAGUCUGUCCGGAGCCCUGCAGAAGGCGUACAUCACUGGAGUCAAAGGUAUGGACAUGGAAAAGAUCACGGUCGCCACCCUAGUAUUCGAAGGCACAGCCCAGGACGUCAAACUGCACGAGAAGAAAAUUAUUGCAAUCGCUUGCCAGCACGGGGGCUUCUCGGCUGGCAGCACCAACGGCGAGAAGGGCUACAUCCUGACCUUCGUGAUCGCUUACAUUAGGGACUUGGCACUGGACUACAGUAUCGUUGCGGAAUCGUUCGAAACCUCGGUCGCAUGGGAUCGGUGCGAAUCGCUGUGCUGCAAUGUGAAAGAUCGAAUUAAGAAGGAAUGUGCCAAAUACAGCAUCAAAUACUCCCUCAUUUCCUGCCGGGUGACACAAUCGUAUGACGCCGGUGCAUGUGUGUACUUCUACUUCGGAUUUAACCACACGGGCUUCUCCAAUCCGGUGGACAUCUACGAAACCAUCGAAGCCCAUGCCCGGGACGAAAUCCUCGCAUCCGGUGGAUCGAUCUCGCACCACCACGGUGUGGGGAAGAUUCGAGCCCGCUGGUACCCGCAAACCGUGUCCGAGGUGGGCGUCAAUCUCUAUCGAGCCACCAAGCAGGAACUGGACCCGAAGAACAUCUUUGCCGUCGGGAAUUUCCUGCCGGAACUGCAACCGGACCACGGCCAUCCGGAUGGGGAGGAGCAGCAUGGCAAUCUUGUUUCAAAGUUGUAAACUUUUCGGUUCAGACAGACUAAUGUGGCAUUUUUUUGUUUUUAAAUAGGGUUAUUUUAUUCGAAAUGGACUAUAUAAGUUACAUUUUGGUGUGAUUGAGGACAUUCCAGUUAUUGUACUUUAUAUGUGUAGCUAAUUUAUGUUAUCCAGUGGCUUAGUAUGCUCAGAACAAUAAAGUUAUUGUUUGCAGAA